GGCUCAGGCCUCCUUCCGCAGGGUCCAGCGAUAGAAAACGCGACUCGAUCGUCUGACGAGCCAUGGGCGCGGGAGCAUCUGCGAAGGAUGGUGAGAAGGCCCCAGACGUGGCUGCCAUCGCCGCCAAGAUGGAUCCCAAGGACCUGGAAGGUAUGAUCAAGUCCCUGGACCACGAGACGUCGGGCAAGCUGCAGCAAGCCUUGCAGAAGGGCAAAGGUGUGGACGGCGCCUGUAUGCGCCGGGCCAUCUGGAAGUGGGACAACGACACCUUGCAGGAGGCCUUGUCGGAGGCGGAGCUGGAGGGAAAGGCCCCUGAGGGCACAGGCCUGGACUUUUUGCUGGGCAAGCUGAAGUUCGAGAAGGAUUCGGACAAGGAGAAGGCGGACGCCAUGAUGAAGCGGGUGAUCUUCAUGUUCUUGCAGGACCAGGUUGUGAAUCAGCCCGCCUACGUCCCUCCGGAGUCGGCGAAGAAGCGUUGCGUGUGGCUGUGGGGCGAAGAGGAGGUGAAGUCCGCUUUGUCUGAAAUCGAGGUGAAGGCAACGGUUCCCGAUGGCAAGAAGCUCUUGCUGCUGGAGGGCAUCGAUGAUGACGCCAAGGAGAAGGUGACGGACAUGCUUGGGACGGUGGGCAAGCUGUUCCUCGAAGACUGCGCCCAAGAUUUGAAGGCGACCGGGGAAAUGUCGAAAUGAGCCUUACUCAAGGCCAGCAUUUUGGCCUGCGGUGCGGUUGGAAAAGACGGGCUCCGAAGUGGCUCUCUAGUCCGGCCCGGCGCAGAGCUUGCAGCUGCGCAAGGGAUGCGCAGGACAGCCCUCAAACCGACAGUCAGGC